GAAAAAUUCUCAGACGCUCUAUAUGAGCUUAAGGGAUGAACAAGGCUUGUAAGUGGGCAAUCGGUAUUGCCAUAGUCUUAGUGCUAGCCAUAAUCGCAGUUGUUUUUGCUGUCAUACUUCCUGGGAAAAAAGAUAAAAAUGGAUCACCUAUCAUGUAUUUUGCAAUGCAUCUCGGCGACAAUGAACGUGUUUCUUGGACGCUCACAAGAGAGAAAUUUGGAGAAAGCGAGUGCAUUGAAAUGAAUAAGCGAAACACUCGAGAGGCAAUAUUAGCAAUGAAGGAUGUGGAUCAACGUUAUGGGUUCAUUCUUUAUUCUGAUGGUAUAAACACGACAGAUCCAAUGGACGCUACGGAAGCUCUUGAACAUCUUGUUAAUGUAGCACAUGUAGCGGGAUCAUCCUACACUCAAGAAUCAGUUGCCAACGAGUAUACAAGCAAGAAAAACGAUGAUGAUCUUUUUGUCUUCUACAUUCCAUGCGAUUACGACUAUAGAGAAGAUGACCAGGAUGUGAGCAAGUUUGUUGCUAAACUGCGAAGCUCUGGAGCUCUCAAAAAAAGUCUCAUUGUCUCGAACACGCGAUUCACCAGUGAUUUUGCGGAGUUAUAUGGGCUUAACAAUGAGAAUGCGGCAGGAAAAGAGCAGGAUAUCCCCAGAAGGAUUGCUCAACUUGGUGGGCACUUCACUGAAUCGACCCUGGCAACGGGCAGCCCAAAUACGGUUACUGUAUCGACCCGAUCAACGCGUAGUCCAAAAACAAGAAGUACUUCAGGUACAACCCCAACGCCAAAAAGAAGACUAAAUUGCAUGUUUAUUGGAGAUGUUUUUAACUAUGGAAGCAAUACUGAGGGAUACGAUAUGGAGUUGGAGCUACUUUCUCAAGUAGCCUAUGAUGUCUUUGCUCUGCCUACCUUGAACACGCAGUUAGCGCUUUGGGCAUAUGGCUAUACAAACUAUCCCAAAAAUAUCCUUGAUGCUUUGAAUAAAAUGGCUAAAAAUGGGAGUGAAUUUGAUCAGUUAUUGAUGAAAAUUGAUUAUGCUAAUGUCAGUGAUGUCAUCAAUACGGAAAGGGCUAUAAAAGCAAUUAACGAAAUGGUGGAAGAAAAACUGAACUGCUUGGUUUUCUUCACUGCCCAAUCUGAUACAGCGGAUUUGCCGAAGUUAAAUCCCAAGAAUGAAGGCAUUGAAUCAUUAGUGGCCGUAGGCCUAAGAGGAACAGAUCCACAAAGUAUUGUCCCAGCUGGUGGCAAAGUAAUAUCUGUUCCGUAUUAUUAUAAAGACGACGAUGUUAAAAAAAUUGUAAACGCUAUUAAAGACAAUAAACCUUGGACAACAGGAUCACCCACGACGACCAGAAGACCAUAUCCAAGGAGCUGCUUGAUGAUCGGUGAUUUAUACAAUUUCGGAGCGGAUGAGGACAAGUAUCUUGAUGAAGCAGAAUUUAUCGCUCGUCUCGGGUACGAUUACUUUGAAGUGGACAGUGAGAUUGCUGCUGGACUAUGGGCUUACGGUUACACGACAUUCCCAAAUAGACCAAAUCUCGGUGGAAUCGUCCACAGUCUUCACAAUUUUAACUACAAUCUUAAGAAAAUGACCUACCAUAAUAGAACAGACCCAUUUACAACGGAGAUCGCAAUCAAGGCAAUUAACGGUAUGGGAGACGAUAUUCGUGUAAAUUGCUGGGUAUUUUUCACUGCACAGAAGAACAACACAGAGUUGCUGCCACCACUCAACCCUCGGAACCCUAGGAUAGACAAGAUCGUAGCAGUUGGUCUUGCUGACACAGACGUGACCAGUUUGGUGAAAUUACGCGGACAAGCUAUUAGCAUUCCUUCUCAUUACACUGAUCAAGAUGUCAAAAAAGUUUUGGAUGCCAUUUUAUUGGGAAGAAGAACUCCGGCACCACCACGUAGUACAACAACUAUACCACGUAGGUCGCCUACCACAAGAACCACUAUGGCACCACUACCUAAAAGAUGCCUGAUGAUUGGUGAUUUGUAUAAUUUUGGAGCUGAUGAGGAAAAGUAUUUAGAUGAAGCAGAAUUUAUUUCUCGUCUUGGAUACGACUACUUUGCAGCUGAUAGUGAACUCUACGGAGGACUAUGGGCUUACGGAUACACAACAUUCCCUAAUAGACCAAAUCUUGGUGGAGUUACUACAAGUUAUCCCACCUUUUUCUACAAUCUCAAAAAAAUGACGUAUCAUAAUAGAACGGAUCCAUUCACAACGGCGACGGCAAUUGAGAAAAUCAACGAGAUGGGUGAUGAUGUACGUGUAACCUGCUGGGUCUUUUUCUCUGCACAGAAUGACACAGGAUCGUUGCCACCUCUCGAUCCUCAAAACCGCUACAUUGAUCAGAUUGUAGCAGUCGGCUUCGCUGACACAGACGUGACCAGCUUGGUUAGAAGAGGCGGCAAAGCUGUUCGCGUUCCUCUUCACUAUUCUGACGAUGACGUCAAGAGAGUUUUAGAUGUUAUUUUGCCGAAUAGAGGAACGACAACGCCUCUACCUACUAAGACAACGAGAGCACCUGAGCCCAGAAGGUGCUUGAUGAUCGGUGAUUUGUACAACUUCGGAGCAGAUGAGGAAAAAUACGCUGAUGAAGCAAAAUUCAUCUCUCGCCUUGGCUCCGAUUACUUUGCAGUAGACAGUGAGAUUUCUGCUGGACUAUGGGCUUACGGUUACACGACAUUCCCUAAUAGACCAAAUCUCGGUGGAAUUCUCAAAAGUCUUGAACAAUUUUACUACAAUCUUGGCAAGAUGACCUAUCAUAAUAGAACAGACCCAUUUACAACAGCGAUUGCAAUCGAAAAAAUCAACGAGAUGGGCGACAAUGUACGUGUAAACUGUUGGGUCUUUUUCUCUGCACAAAAAGACACGAGCUCACUGCCGAGACUGAAUCCGCAAAACGAGCACAUAGAUCGGAUUGUAGCAGUUGGUCUCGCUGGAGCGGAUCUGACCGGACUGAUAGGAAGGAUGGGAGAAGCUGUCAGCAUACCUUUACCCUACACAGAUGGUGACGUUUGGAAAGUUUUGGACGUAAUUCUGCCGGAAAGAUUAAUGACAACGCCGACCAUCGACUAAGAGCACGAUCACCAGAACUACUUCGUAUAAAAUUUGACAUUAUCAGUUUUUAACCUUCGUAAUGCACUUUGUAAUUAUGAAAAAGAAGCAUCAGAGAUAUUAUUCGAGUGGUCUGCUCAAUGACGAC